AUGUGGCGUCGCGAGAGGAGCCCGAGCCCGAGCCCGACCAUGAAGCUGCUGUUUGUGGUGACACUCUUAUGCCGCGAGGCGUUGUGCGGAUCUCCCAGCGUCCAGAUCGGUGGUUUAUUCCCCAGGGGGGCAGAUCAGGAGUACAGUGCAUUCAGAGUUGGCAUGGUUCAGUUUGGGAUGGCAGAUUUCCGACUGACUCCACACAUAGAUAACCUGGAGGUGGCCAACAGCUUUGCUGUCACUAACUGCUUUUGUUCCCAGUUCUCCCGAGGUGUCUACGCCAUCUUUGGCUUCUACGACAAGAAGUCAGUAAACACCAUCACAUCCUUCUGUGAGACUUUACACGUCUCCUUCAUCACACCGUCUUUCCCAGCGGAAGGAAUGAAUCAGUUUGUCCUCCAGAUGAGGCCGGACAUCAAGGGGCCGCUAGUUUCACUAGUGGAGUACUACAAAUGGGAAAAGUUUGCCUAUCUCUAUGACAGUGAUCGAGGUCUUUCUACUCUUCAGGUAAUACUGGACACUGCAGCAGAGAAAAAAUGGAUUGUCACAGCAAUCAAUGUGGGAAACCUCAAAGAUGAGCGGAAGGAUGAAGCCUACCGCUCCCUGUUUCAGGACCUGGAGAUCCGUAAGGAGCGACGCAUAAUCCUUGACUGUGAACAAGACAAAGUCAAAGACAUCAUGGAGCAGGUGAUCACUAUCGGCCGGCAUGUGAAGGGAUACCACUAUAUCAUCGCUAACUUGGGUUUUGUAGAUGGCGACCUCUCUAAAAUCCAGUAUGGAGGUGCAAAUGUGUCUGGGUUCCAGAUAGUAGAUUUUGAUGAUCCUGUGGUGGCAAAGUUUGACCAGCGAUGGGAGGCCCUUGAAGAGAAGGAGUAUCCUGGAGCUGAUGCACGGAUCAGAUAUACCUCAGCCCUCACCUAUGACGCUGUCCAUGUGAUGACGGAGGCGUUCCGCUUCCUCCACAAGCAGAGAAUAGACAUGAGUCGCCGUGGCAACAGUGGAGACUGUCUGGCCAAUCCAGCAGUUCCCUGGGCACAGGGGGUGGAGAUUGAACGUGCCCUCAAACAGGUGCGUGUGGAUGGUUUAACAGGGAACAUUCAGUUUGACCAGUACGGGAAGAGAAUCAACUACUCAGUGACAGUAAUGGAGCUGAAGAACAAUGGACCUGUUAAGAUUGGCUAUUGGAAUGAGGUGGAUAAAAUGGUGGUGACAAAGUCUGACCUUUACCCCAACGACACUAUGGGAAUGGAAAACAAAACAGUCAUCGUCACAACUAUACUGGAAGCCCCCUAUGUGAUGAUGAAGAAGAAUUCCGAGCUGUUUCAAGACAAUGACCGUUACGAAGGUUACUGCGUUGACCUGGCUGCCGAGAUUGCAAAGCACUGUGGUAUCCGCUACCAGUUAAGAAUUGUGGGAGAUGGCAAAUAUGGAGCGAGAGAUGCAGAAACCAAGAUCUGGAAUGGAAUGGUUGGAGAGCUGGUGUAUGGGAAAGCAGACAUAGCCGUUGCUCCUCUGACGAUCACUCUUGUUCGUGAAGAGGUGAUAGAUUUCUCCAAACCCUUCAUGUCUUUGGGAAUCUCCAUCAUGAUCAAGAAGCCGCAGAAAUCUAAACCAGGAGUCUUCUCCUUUCUGGACCCGCUGGCCUAUGAAAUCUGGAUGUGCAUUGUCUUUGCCUAUAUUGGCGUUAGUGUUGUACUCUUUUUGGUAUCCAGAUUCAGCCCCUAUGAGUGGACGCUAGAGGAGCCAGAAGACGGAGCGAUGCCACUGACAACUGAAUCCAACAAUGAGUUUGGGAUCUUUAACUCCCUUUGGUUCUCUUUGGGUGCUUUCAUGCGGCAGGGUUGCGACAUCUCACCAAGAUCUCUGUCAGGUCGUAUAGUGGGGGGUGUGUGGUGGUUUUUCACCCUGAUCAUCAUCUCAUCAUACACUGCCAACCUGGCUGCCUUCCUGACGGUUGAGAGGAUGGUGUCUCCCAUCGAGAGUGCAGAAGACCUGGCUAAACAGACGGAGAUUGCAUAUGGAACCCUGGACUCUGGAUCCACCAAAGAGUUUUUCAGGCGCUCAAAAAUUGCCUUGUUUGACAAGAUGUGGCAGUAUAUGAAAUCAGCAGAGCCCUCUGUCUUCGUCAAGAAAACGUCGGAGGGCGUCCUGCGCGUCAGAAAAUCCAAAGGGAAGUACGCCUACCUGCUGGAGUCCACCAUGAACGAGUACAUCGAGCAGAGGAAACCUUGCGACACUAUGAAAGUGGGAGGAAACCUGGACUCCAAAGGCUACGGCAUCGCCACGCCCAAAGGAUCCCCAUUAAGAAAUGCUGUGAACCUGGCGGUGUUAAAGUUGAACGAGCAGGGGCUGCUGGACAAACUGAAAAACAAGUGGUGGUAUGACAAGGGCGAAUGCGGCAGCGGAGGAGGGGAGAGCAAGGAGAAGACCAGCGCCCUGUCUCUCAGUAACGUAGCAGGAGUCUUCUACAUCCUGGUUGGAGGUCUGGGUCUGGCCAUGAUGGUCGCGCUGGUGGAGUUUUGCUACAAGAGCCGCGCAGAGGCCAAAAAAAUGAAGGUGGCAGCCAACACCUUGUCGUCCCCCCAGCACACAGGAAACUACACACACACUUUGUCCUCUCCUCAACACGCCCCCAACUUCAACCUGCUGUCCCCCAGCCACCAGCCAAACUACGCCACCUAUAAAGAGGGCUACAACGUUUACGGCAUUGAGAGUGUCAAGAUCUAA